GUAUAAAAGACAAAUAAGAGCAAAAGCUGGGCAAAUAGGCAAAAAGGCAAAAUAGGCAAAGCUUGCCUAAACUCACGCAAUAUUAGCUAGUCAGUCACAUCAGAAGAUAUUAGUAUUACAAUGUACAAUUUUUUUCGUUAGUUUAAUUAUUGUUGUGUUAUUUUUUAAUUUUUUUAUUGUAUUAAACCAUGAGCUCACAGAUUGAAUCAGAUCGUGAGCUCACGCUUGAUAAUGAACAAAUAAUUGAAUUAUUAGAAAAGGCUGAAGUGAGUGAAACAAUGGUACCAAAAGACCCAGAGGUUGAUAAGCCAUAUGUUUUGAAGAAAAUUUCCAACGACUACAAAAUUGAUCCAUGGGUUUGGGCAAUAGGACCGACGAAUAAAUUGAAAAAUAAUUUACUAAAAAAUUACAGCUAUAUUCAAACUGGCCGGGAUGGCAAAAAGAAAGUGAGAGAUAAUGGAUUUUCGAGAAUUAUAUUUAUGAAGGAAGGAUCCAAAAAUGUUGUGGUUAUUUACAAAGGAGAUAAAAGUUUGGGCAAGCUGAGAGCUCACGGUAAUUCGAAAAAUCGACAGCCUUUUAUCCGUAUCUCUAAAAGCACAAUUGAAAGCCUUAAAAACCAAACUCAUGAGGCUUCGGUACUUAAACAGUACGAAGACUGUAAAAAAGAUGUAAUGGCUGGAAUUCCAGAUAGUAUGGACACUGAGAGUAAAGCAAAAUUCUUAUUACACCAUCUUCCUAGAAACUCUAGACAGGUGAAAAACUGCCGAGCAGUCGUGAGCUCACGCAACAUACUGAGCCAUGAUGAUAUUUAUGCCUGUUAUGUGUUAUCUAAAACUGAAUUGGCAGACGAGGUGUUCAAAUUGGAACUAGUGCCAGAUUUAAUGGUUAUGCUUGGCAACCCUAAUAUUGUGAAUUUCGUGAAUAGACUUCUAGUUCAGUCUUGUGUUGAAAAACAAAUAAUAAGUUAUGACACCACUUUUAAUCUCUGUGACUACUAUGUGUCUAUUCUUUGUGCGAGAAACACUGAGCUCAUAGGCGAUCCAAUAUUUCCAGUUUGUUUCUUGAUACACGAAAAGAAGCAUGAAGGAGUCCAUUCAACAUUUUGGAAUACAUUUGUCAAAGCAAAAAUCAAUAUCAACAGCAAAGUUCCCAUAAUUACAGAUCGAGAAAAGUCCAUCACCAAUGCCGUGAGCUCAUCUGGUUUUGAGUCUAAUCACCUCUACUGCUACAACCAUUUCAUCGCUGAUGUCAAAUACUGGUUGAGUAAAACCAAUGCUCCGAAAAAAGACAUAAUUCUCUAUCGUGGUAUGAUAGAAAAUCUUUUGCUUACCAACAGUGAAGAAGAAUUUGAAAAUUUGUGUCAAAGUUACAAAAAAACCAUGAGCUCACUCUUCAAGGAUUAUUUUGAAAAGAAACUGGAAAGGGAUAUUAAAGCAAAAGGUGCCACAUUUAACGCAGUCCGUUAUCCAGCAUUUGUAUCAGGUGAAGUUAACAUCACAAACAAUAUAAGUGAAGCCCUCAACAACAUGUUGAAGAGUUAUCAGUGCGGAAAAAAGAAAAAACUUCCUGAGCUCAUGGUAGAUCUUGUUCAAUUUCAAUAUGCCAUACUGUCAGAAUUUAAUCGGGCAUUGGAAGGCGUUGGAAAUUAUAAGUUGAAGGAAAAAUAUUUUGGUAAAGUUGAAAAGAUUGAGCACAAUACAAAUCUCCCAACUUCAACUGUUGCUGAUAUACUUGCCGUAGUGAAAGAAGCGGGUUGUAUUCCUCAAAAUUCAGGAGCUCACGAGGAAACGGUUAAAAAAUUGGCAGAACAAGCGAAGGUAGAUUACAGUAGUGAAAUGAAUGUAUUCACAGUUAAAGGUCCAGUUUCUGGACGUUGCCAAUGUGUGGAAAUUCGGGACUUCAAAUUUUAUUGUAGUUGUCAAAGUGGUGCAAAAUGUUUUCACAUAUAUGCUGUUGCUAUACAUAUUGGAUUGGGCCACCAAGCUGUUGAGAAUACACCAUACCGAAUGGUUAAGAUCGAAAGGAAAAACUGCAGGACUGGAGGAAAGAAAAAGCCACGCAAAGAAGACAAGGUUAUUCCCUAUUUAUCAGCUCCUGACAGUGAGCUCACUGUUAAACAUGAAGAAGUAAGAAAUUCCAGUGAAUCUGAGGAUACUCUAGAUCAUGAGCUCACGUUCGGAAAUUCUUCCAAAAGCAAUGCAAAAACCAAAAAGAAUGGUGAGCUCACCGAAAAACAACCAAAAUCUGAAGAUUGCAGCGAUUUUGGAGUAAUUUUUGAUAGUGAGCUCACGUCGUGUAUUUCCAAUGAAAAUACAGCAAGAGAUGGUGAGCUCAUCUCCAAACCGAAAGAUUCUGCCGAUUGUAUUGAUUUUAAUGAGGUUCCUGCUGGUGAGCUCACGUCGUGUAUUUCAAAUAGAAAUACAGCAAAAGAUGGUGAGCUCACCGAAAAAGAAGGAUGUAUAUUAGAAAUUGAGAUUCCAAAUGAAGCCCUUUAUACUGAAAGAAAAGUCCCGAAAAAAUUUAAAAUAGAAAAUAUAAAUGUCACUUGCUUACAUGGUACGAGAUUAAUAACCGAUAAAAUCAUUAAUGACUUUCUCAUACACUACACAAAUAUCUGGAGAGCUAAUGAAGCCAUCUUCAUUAUGGAUCCGAUUAUGUUCUCAGCAGUGAGCUCAGUCAAAAAAAUUACUACAAAAUCGUCCCUCAUAAACCAUCUUCAUAAGAAUGAAGCUUUAAAUAAAGACCUACUCCUCGUUCCAAUCAAUCAGGGUACAAAUCAUUGGAUUCUAGGUGUCAUAGCUUGGAAAUCGCGUGAGCUCAUAAUUUUUGACUCGUAUUCUUGUUACCCUUCAUACGCCAACGAGUUCCUUUCAUUGCUUAAAAUCGCUGCACUCAGUUAUACCUUAGCUGGAUUAACAUUUAACCCUAAAGAGUGGAGCUAUUCAAAAGCCAGUGAUGCUCAAAAACAACCGAAUGGCUUUGAUUGCGGUCUUUAUCUCAUGUUUCAUGCCGCAAGUAUCAUCAGAAAACGUGAGCUCACGGUGAUUUCCUCAGAGUCCGGCAGGAACUGGAUAAAAUAUGUCCUUUCAAAAGCCCCUUUCCCAAUAACAAGGAAAGAAAAGCAAAACAAAGUUACUUCUAUUAUGGCUCAAUUUGCUAAUAUUUGUCUGAGUCAGGUAAGUGAGCUCACUGUCCAGGUACAAGAUAAAAUUUGUUUCGAAACAUUGAUUGAAUCUCUUUACCAUGAAAAACAAUAUGAAAAAUGCAGCAACAUUGUAUGUUCUUUCCCCACCCAUCAAAAAUCUGAAUCUUGUCUAUGUAUUUAUUGCCGUAAAUGGUACCAUCGGCAUUGUUGUCCCAAAAAUUUCAAAGUUUAUUUCAUUUGCAAUAAUUGUGAAAAGUUCACAUUAAUUAAUAAAAAAUCAAAAUGAGCGCGCUCAAUAAAAUAGAAUCAUAGAAUCCUUGUAUUUUAUUAAAUUAAUAAAAUUAAUUUCAUUAAC